UAUAUACUAACCAUCUAAAUAGAGAAUCAUAAUCUAGUGACGAGAGACGAGCUGUGUUUUAAAACUUGAAUUUAUUUAUUUUGUUAUUUUAUUUUUGUUUUAUAAACUGAUAGAUAGUUGAUAAAUAAUUUCAUCAAAAUGGAGGAUGCAGAUACGAUAGUUAUUGAUGAUACUAAUAUGAAAAUAUUAGAUGAUUGUGUGAGUGAAGAAGAAGAAGAAGAAGAAGUAAUAGCAUUGAAUGAUAAUGAUAAUGAUAAUAAUGGGGAUGGAGGUGGAGAUGGAGAUAAUGAUAAAGAAGGUGAUGAUAAAAAUGAGGAUAAAGACAAAGAUAAUGAAAAGGAGCAAAACGAUGACAAGGAUGAUGGAGAAUCUAAUAAAGAAGUUGAAUUGAUUGAGAAAAACGGGAAAACUGAUGACAAUGAUAAGGAAAAAGACAAAGAAGAAGAAGACGAUGAUGCUCCGGUGAUUGUUAUGGACGUGCAGGAAAAAAUUCAGUCCGACUGCGAAGACGAUGAUGACGAAAUUGAUUUUACUGCUGAUAUAAAUCUUGAUCAGCUGAGCGAGCUUGAGGGUAUGCGUAAUCCUACGCAGUUAGAAAAUAUUGAUAAAGAAAAUGACGGCUCAGAUAUUGUUAUUCUUAAAGAUUCACGUCCCAGUCCUAAGAAACCUGAAGAAAAGACCGGUCCUGAGUGGUAUGAGACCAAGCUCAAUGAGAAAAUGUCAACAGCCAAAGAACGUCUGUCAAAACUGUCAAAAGUUUUAAAAAAUUCUUAUGACUGCUACAAAGAUUAUUUAGAAAGAAUUGAAGUCGCUGCUGGAUCACCAGUAUGUCGAUUAGUUGACCCCUGGCGUUGCCCUUUAGAUCGUCCUCAUAUUAAUCGAUGGAAGUUUGCUUGCACCAAAAAACCCGUAGAGGAGAAUCUGUCUGCAGAAUCAAAUAAGGAGGAUGACAAGAUUGAUCGUGAUCGUCGUGAUGAUAAAAUAGAUGGUGAUGAUGACGGUGAAGGUGCCGAUGAUACUGUUGUCAAGAAAAUAGAAACAGUUUGGCGGUUGGAGCCGUGCGACGGUGGAUCUGCGAAUGCAAAUAAUGCCUUCCAAGCGAUCCCUGAUUUUGUAAUGCGUGCUGUCAAGGUAUUUGAAGAUUUUAUAAAUUCGACGAGUGAAGAUCUGGAGGCGGAUGAUAAGAUUGAAGAAGAGUCAGAUGAAAUUCAGGAGAUACAAAUCAGUGAUAAGGAUGAGGAUAAAGAAAAGGAAAAAGUUGAAGAUAAUAAAAAGGAUGACAAGGAUAAAGAAGAAGAAUCUGCAGAAAAAAAUCAGCCGACAGAAGAGACCACUGACGAAAAAACUGAUGAAGUUACUCAGGACACAGAGUCACCGGCAGAGAAGGUGGCCACUGAAAAACGAGACCAGUGGAUGUGGUUACUGGUACGCAGUAACAGCAAAGACGAGCUUAUGCUCUUCGCUGCUGGUAGAGCCAUCGCCGGUGACACUAUGGAGAAGUUAAAGAAACUGUUUGAGUCAGGAAAGGGCAAUGAAUGUAAUAUUAAAUCACUCUACUGCAAGUCGUUGAUGAAGAUUGACAAUGUGCAAACGGCAAACACAACAUUUUUAGUAGGGACCGAAGCGCUAGAUGAGACAGUUGGUGAUUUGAAAAUUCAGUUGGCUCCAAAAACAAACUUCUGGUUAAAUACUGAUGGGGCUGAGCAACUUGCCAAGGCUGUUGAAUUUUUACUCUUUCCUAAUCCAACUAUUACAGUACUUGAUAUUGGCUGCGGUCUUGGGUUAAUUGGACUUAUGAUGGCACCCAAAUGUAAAAAUGUAAUUGGACUAGAUGUAUCAUCAGAAGUUGAAGAAGCUGAAAUGACUUGUGAAUUAAAUAAAGUGUGUAAUGCUUCAUAUAUUACCGGUAGUCCAAAUGAAAUGUUGACAAAAUUAUCGAAAAAAUUAACUGGCUGUCGCGCAUCAGCUGUUGUUAAUGCCAGUACAAAUAUUGGUCGCAAUAUUGAGAUCAUGAGAGGACUCCGCAAGCUUCCUAAUGUACGUCGUGUAGUUAUCGUAACAACUCUGACAAAACAAUCAGCGCGUUCAAUAUUGGAAUUGAUUCAACCAGCUAGUGAUUCUCUGGGUGAUCCAUUUAUACCAACACGUGCUGUUGUCGUUGAUACUCUUGCCACUGGACCGCAGUUCGAAGUUGUAAUUCGUAUGGAACGUCGAACAAUGCGCCGUGUUUUGAAUUCCUUUUUACCUAAAAAUGCAUCUCAAGCAAAUAGUAAUAACAAUACUAACAAUAACAAUAAUCAGUCAUCUAAAACCAAUAAUCAAAAAGUAUCAACGCAAAAAGGAAGUUCACAAAAAGAGAGCGGGCAGAAAGGAGCAUCAAAAGAAACACCACAAAAAGGAAGUCCACAGAAAUCUAACAGUCAGUCACAAAAACCAUCAUCAAGAAGUUCUCGUAGGAGAUAUUUAUCAAAUAGACGCGCGCGUCUUGCUGAGCGAACGGCCGUGACAAAGGGAUCACCUAAAAAGUUGGUGAAGAAUCCAUUCUUUGAUAAACCUGCGAGAAAAUCUUGGCACUCUGAGAAACCAUCAUCCCCGACAACACCACGUCCUCUGUUGGAUGCCAAAUUAUCUAAACCUAAGGCUGCUUCAACACGUACUCGAAGACGCAAUCGCAGAUCGGAGGUGGCAAUUGACCCUAAAAGUACACCGAGACGUAAACGUGGCUGGGAGAAUGAUGGUCCACGUGGUGGGCGUGCUGGUAUACCUGAAAAAAGACCGCGUGAGCAUGAUGAUGAUUUACGUUUUAGACUGUCAGGUAAUCGUUCUACUGAACCAGAUCUGCUACAGAAGAUGAGAGACCAGCAGCGUAUGUUGGAAGCUGCUAGAAUAAAACUUAACACGUCGACUAAUGAUGUACGGGGAUCAACAGCACAACAGAUACAGGACAUACUUAAUAUGGCAAUAGAACAUACUAACCAGGUUCAAAGUCAAUUGAGACGUUCUGUGUGGGAACGUAUUGCACCCCCGGACAAUUUACAUCGAGAUAUACCUCAAAAUGACGAUAUACUUUUCAGAGGGCGUCAGGUUAAAGAAAUAGGGCAGCAAGAUAUUAUAAUAACAACACCGAAUCGUGAGUUUGUAUCACACGAGAUGCCACGUUCAAAUUAUCCAGCAUUACCCCCAGCGACACCCAAUCAAUUGAUGCCAAAUGAUUAUGUAGCAAUACCAAACCCAUCAUCGUCACGUUUUGAUACUGAGGUUAUUACACUGCGUGAUGAUCAUGAUGAUCGCGAUGACCGUGACGAUUCGUGGUCACGUGGUAAUAAUCGUAAAGACGGGACAUUAUUUUCUCGUCGAUCAAAUCAAUCGCCACGUCGCGAAAAUCGUCGCGACAGUCGUAGAUCCCCACCAAGACGAUCAAUGCCGUCUCCACAAAGGAGACAAUUAUCACCGCUCAGAAGAGCAGUUUCUCCACCCAGGCGUCCGGUAUCACCGCCUAGACGUCAAAUGUCUCCGCCGAGACGUCAAAUGUCACCACCAAGACGUCCAUUGUCACCACCAAGAAGACCAGUGUCUCCACCAAGGCAUCAGAUGUCACCACCGAGAAGAUACUUUGCUCAGUAUGAAAUGGAGCAACAUCGUCAAAUGUCACCACCCAGACAUUUUUCACCCCCACGGCGUCCUGUCUCACCACCAAGACACCGUGCAAUGUCGCCACCACGUCGUCAAUCUCCACCGAGACGUCAGCCAUCUCCGAUGCGAAUUCUCGGUGAUGAUUGGGAUAUUCCAAGCAGAGGUGCAUCUCAACAGCAUCCCCACUGGCAACAGUCACUAGACAACCGUCCAACUGGGGCUAGAUUUGACCCUCCACCACCUUUGAUGAGUAAAAAUCCACAAAUGGGUCUUGGAAAUGGUAACAACAGAAUGAGUGGUGGUGGCGAUGCUUGGAAUAGCAAUCAAGGGAAUAAAGUUCCUGAAAAUCGAUUUGGUGGCAACAUUGGCGGACCAUCAAAUGACUGGAAUCAGCGUGAAAAAGAAAUGUUCAAUAACCGCAGUGGUAAUUGGAUGGAUGGUCAAAACAGACCUCCAAUGUCUCAGAUGAACAAAAAUACGUGGAAGGCAAAUGAUAAAGACGACUGGAAUGAUUUGCCAGAAGAUGCGAGAGACCCUUGGGGUGAUGAUGGUCCGAGUGGUCUAGACAGGGAUGGUGGUGGGCCUGGCUUUGAUCGAGGUCUUGGUGGUAACGAUCGUGGCCCACUAGGUAAAGAUUACGAUAGAAAUCUUAUGGGUAAUGAUCGAGGUCUUUUAAAUAACGACAGAGGUAUCGGUGGUGACAGAUGGAAUUUUAAUAAUAAUCCGCAAAACAAUUGGCUUAACAAAGGUCCAAUGAUGAAUACAAAUCCUUCAUGGCUACAGAACAUGGGAAACAAUCAAGGCGGUAACAAUGCGCGCUGGAGUUUACCGAAUUCAAAUUUAAAUUUGCCACAACCACCCGGCAAUUUAUCGGGAAAUUGGUCAGCUGGUAGCACUUGGCGUCCAAUGGGCGGCAUGCCCACCGGAUUCCCAUCACGUCCCUUCAAUAAUUUUAAAUAAAUCACCCAUUAGCUCAUUAAUUUUACCUGUCGUAUUACUUUAUCAAUAUUCUUUAUUUUUUUAUUUAUAAUUAUACGUGCCAAUUUUUAUUUCAUUAUUUCUUGACUUACGUUAAUUAAAAUAGUUGUUCAGUUUUGCGGCAUUAUAAUUACAAAUUAAUCAUCAUUUUAAUUAUUAAAUCAGUUAUAAUUAUUUAAAUAUCCUUAUUAAUUAAGUUUUACAUAAAAUUAUAAAUUUUUCUCUUUUAUAAAAUGCUAUCACGUAUUAAAUAAAACCUGCAAUUAAACUAUAAACUGUGUUUUUAAA